AUGGCUUCUGAUCCCACCCCUCCGAAAGGGGGCAUGUCACUGUAUGCCAACUUACUUAAUGCUUCUGCAGAUACGCCUGGCAGCAUCUCCCGUGCCCCUGUUGUCUUUAAACAGCCGGAGACUGAACCUCAACCCGAUGACGCGGCGGCUAAGAAGCAACAACUGAAUCCUGCUUCUCUUCGGUUCCAACCCCCCAAAAGGCCACAGCUUUCAGCGCAGAAGCCAAAACCGAAACAUACUUUACCCAAGGCAGUGCCACAACCGCAGCCCUCAGCUAAUCCUUCGGUACCGACAAAGAACACUUUGGCUGAUUGGACCGCUGUGGAAGAUGAUGAUUAUGAGUAUGCCCGCGAGAAGCGACAGCGCGGUGGAAGAAAGAAGCGCAAGAAGAACUUUGAAACACAUGCUGUCCAGAACUGGGAAGACAUCUACGACCCUUCUCGACCUACCAAUUUCGCGGAAUACCGUAAUAGUGACGAGACGAUCGGAGAAAUCCGCGAGUGGAAGGAUGCUUUGUAUGCGCAUGUCAAAAAGCGCUCACCGAGCAGAUAUUCUGAUAGCGAGGAUGAUCGGCCAAAGAAGCGUAUGUUCGGGUCUUUUACGAUUAGUGAGGAUGUCCAGACUAAAAUAAAACCACCAGGACAAUUUGCGCCUCCGAGUAACUUUGCGCCGCCGCCAAAUCUUAAUGAUGUGCCACCGCCAGCUUCUAUCCCCAAUGACCCAUCCGGUGACGAUGCAUUUGCUCGCCGUGCAGCAUUAGGACAACGCUUCGACAACGGUUCCAUUGCCGUUCAGACCCAACUUCCAACCUCACCUCCGUCUCGCACUGAACAUCCCACCCGAAUUCCCGACGAUCCGACUGGCGAAGACGCAUAUAUGCGCCGCUUCCAGAGAGCCGAGAACCCAUCAUCGGGACAAGUCAUACCGCCUCCUCCACCACCACGCCCCCUUGACACCUUCCAACCUAGCUCCGCAACAAUCUCCCGUGCUCCAGUUCGAUACGCUCUUCCGCCACCCCCAGAAGACAUCCCAGCCUCCAAAGCCGAAUUCGAAGCUGUAUUGGCCCAAAAACCGGCGGAUGUCAAAGCAGCCUUCGGAUCACGAAUGCUUACCAAGUGGGGCUGGGAAGAGGGAUCUGGACUUGGCGCUACUGGUUCUGGUAUAGUGAAACCGCUGCAAGUCAAGCUUGAGAAGCGAAAGAAGCGACCGGACUCAGAGGGUGGUGGUUUUGUCACACCUGCUGGACGAGGCAAGAUCAUUGGAAGCAACAAGAAGGGUGAAUAUGAAACCAGCAAGUUUGGUCCUAUGAGCGAAGUGGUCAAACUACAGGGCAUGCUAGACGGUAUGGACCUGGAUGUUGAGAUGGAGAGGGGUGAAAAUGGUGGGUUGAUGCAGGAGAUUGGACAGGAGUGUGGCGACAAGUAUGGACCCGUGGAGCGAGUGUUCAUCGCUCGUGAUGUCGGAACCCCAGUCCCGGUCUUUAUCAAAUUUAACCAUCCCUUGUCUGGUCUACGGGCUGUGAACGCGCUCGAAGGCCGGGUUUUCAAUGGCAACACAAUCGUUGCACGAUUUUAUGACCUCGAGAAGUUCAACCAGGAGAUUUACACGGAAUAA